GGUGCUCAACUGGCUAAACUGCUACAUACUGAGCUCACCAUACCUAUUAGGCAGACAACAAUGUGGUCAGACUCUACGACUGUACUCAGCUGGAUCCAGUCCGACUCGUCUCAGUAUAAAGUGUUUGUUGGUACGCGUAUAGGCGAAAUACAGGAGCUCACGGAUGCUACUAGCUGGAGGUACGUCUCUUCUGAGCAGAACCCGGCGGAUGACAUCACACGGGGAAAGUCACUACAUCAGCUGACACAACCUACCCGCUGGAAGAAUGGACCAGAUUUCCUGUAUGAUCACCCGGCUCAAUGGCCAGCUAUCCACACGGUAAAAUCAGAAGACGCAGGUGAGCUCAGGAAAUCCACAUUCUGUGGUCAACUCACUGUCCUUGAUGCAUCUGCUCCUGACCCAACACAGUAUAACACCUGGUCUGACCUACUGCAGGCUACUCACCAGUCCCUUCAUGGGGCGGCAGCACUCCCUAUGUCUGCUUCAGACCGACUGGACACAGAGGUAGUACUUCUUAGUCGAGCGCAGAGUGAGAGCUUCCCUGAAGAAAUCAACGCUCUGCAGCAUUCUCACCCUGUCCGACCUACCAGUCGUCUCAGUCCACUUUCCCCAGAAUACGACCAGACUCUAGGCCUUAUCCGAGUUGGGGGUCGUCUCCGUAAAGCUGAGGAUCUGCCUGAAGACACUGUUCAUCCUAUUGUUCUUGCGCCUGAUCACCCCAUUACACAGCUGUUGGUGCAAGAUUAUGAUGAUCGUUUACUCCAUGCAGGCCCUGAGCGAAUCUUCGCAGAGAUCAGAAGGACCUAUUGGAUCCUCAGAGGCCGCCAAGCCAUUAAGAAACACCAGCAGCAAUGUGUGGAGUGUCGCAAGUGGCGCAGUAAGCCAGUGAUCCCUAAAAUGGCAGACCUCCCAGCCGCUCGACUCCGACUCAACAAGCCCCCUUUCUGGUCAACUGGUGUAGACUGCUUUGGCCCAUAUAUGGUCAAGAUAGGACGGCGACAGGAGAAACGAUGGGGCAUUGUGUUCAAGUGUCUCACUACCAGAUGUGUUCACCUCGACCUACUGCCUAGUAUGGACACCGAUUCAUUCCUCUUGUCUCUCCGCCGCUUCAUCGCAAGAAGAGGGAAACCCUUUGAGAUUUUAAGCGACAGAGGCACCAACUUCCGCGGUGGGGACAAGGAGCUUCACGAGGCAUUUGAGUCACUUGAACCAUCGCUCAGGGAACAGCUAGCAACACAGUGCAUCACCUUCAGAUUUAACCCGCCUCUGGCUCCACACUUUGGUGGAACAUGGGAGAGGGAAAUUAAAUCUGUAAAGGCAUCUCUCCAAACCAUCCUGAAGGACCAAGUCAUCCCUGAGGAGGUACUACAGACCGUCAUCAUUGAAAUUGAGGGCAUCCUCAAUUCCAAGCCACUAGGCUAUGCUUCAUCGGACCUUGCAGACCCUGAUCCUGUGACCCCUAAUCUUCUGCUCAUGGGGCGGCGGGAUGCAUCGCUGCCCCAAGCUGUGUAUGGCUCCAGUGAUCUGCUAGGACGCCGUCGCUGGCGACACAGUCAGAUACUCGCCGACCAUUUCUGGGGUCAGUUCACCCGCAAGUACCUCCCUGGUCUCCAACCACGUCAGAAGUGGCGGAACUCAACGACAGACCUAGCUGUGGACGCUGUCGUCAUGGUUGUUGACCCACAGCUCCCGAGAGCGCUAUGGCCUGUUGGACGCAUCACACGGACUAUCUACAGUGACGAUGGCAAGGUACGCACUGCAGAGAUUGACAUCAAGGGCAAACUCUACACACGUCCUGUCGCCAAACUGAUAGAGCUCCCAAGGAUGCCUGACAACGGAGAUACCAGCGCUCCCUAGCCCAGCAGUGACUUUACUGUUACUGCGCAUUCGUCCCACGAAUCCGGGGGCGGCUGUGGAAAACUCCCUGCUGGACUGACGAGCUGACGUCACUCCUUGGACUCACGCAUUUGCGCACAUGCGCAAUUCAGCCAUUUCCUUUUGUAGUUCGCUGCAGACACGAGUACAGCUGCUCCUGAAGUUGCACGUUGCUUAUAUAACAUUCUGUUGUGUUGCCGUGUGCGUUAUUGAGAACAAAACCACACACAAACACAUACUAGCAACAAGCACUGUAUUCACAUGCUGGGAUUGGAGGUCAAUAAAUCUGUUGAACUAAAA